ACAUAAUUCAAAUUAAUACGAGGUUUCCAAGCGCAACGUGUAAAGAAAAUUAAUUUUCUCUUAUCUCAAAGUUGUCAAUACUGAUAAGAAGCAAAACCUUUCGUCUCCAAGUUGUAGCGCUGGCCCCGACAUGGCGGGCCGUGUGCCGCUUGAAACGCGCGCAGGUGAUACAGGCGGUGUCAGAAAUAUAAGCAGUGUUACAGACGGAGUAGAUAUAUCUAAAGUUGAUCAAAUCAGAGUAGAUUCAGGCGGAGUAAACACAAGCAGAGUAGAUACAGGAUGUGCAAAUUCAAGUGGAGUGAACCAACCGAAGAAUGGUGGAGAAGCAUUGGAGAGUGCUUUACUCCAAUUGGGACCUUUCGGUCCGUACCAACGAUAUGUUCUAACCCUUCUCUGCCUACCUAACAUUUUUGCUGCUAUGUAUUCGUUGAAUUACGUAUUUGUCGCAGACUCGGUGCCUUUUCGAUGUUUGGUACCCGAAUGCGAGGGGGCUGGUGUUUCAUUUGCCAACGCAUCAGUUUCGGCGCUGCAGUCGUCGGACCCCUGUCGCCGCUACCGGCCUCUGGGCGAGGGCCUCUCCUGUGCCCGAGAGGACUACCACCACAGGGAGACACUAGAAUGUGACGUCUUCGUCUAUGAGAACUAUGACACUGUUUACGCAGAGUUCGGUCUGGCGUGCAGCGAGUGGCGGCGCACCUUGGUGGGCUCGGUGCGAAACGCCGCGCUGCCACUGGCACUGUUGCUUACCGGACACGUCUCUGACCGGUGGGGUCGGCGCACAGCGUUCUGCGUGUUCUCUGGAUGCGCGGGCACAUUGGGGCUGCUAAAGUCCUUCUCCCUCAACUACUACAUGUACGUGGCGCUGGAGUUCCUCGAGGCGGCACUCGGCUACGGUUUCGGCAGCGCUGCUUAUGUUAUGGUGGUAGAGCUAGCGCGGCCGUCGCUACGCGCGCCGUUUGCGUGCGCGACGGGCGUGGCUUACGGAUUGGGAGGCGUGGUAUUCGCGUUGCUGGCGUGGCGAGUUCCGCGCUGGCGCUGGUUGGUGCGCGCCGCGUACGCUCCCGCGCUGCUGCUACCGUUGUACCGCCGCCUGAUCGACGAGAGCCCGCGCUGGUUGCACGCCGCAGGACACACGCAGGGAGCGGCCAAUGUGUUAAGAAAAGCCGCCCGGUGGAAUAAGGUCACAAUAAACGAAGAUAUAUUGAAAUCCAUAAUUGCGAAUGAAAAGAACGAUACGGAGGAAGCAGAGGGUAAGAAGCGUGCGGUAUUGCCGUGGUCUGCGCUGGUGACGUCCCGGCCGCUGCUGGCGCGGCUGGCGGCGUGCGGCUGGUGCUGGGCGGCCGCAGCCUUCGUCUACUACGGUCUCACCAUCAAUUCGGUCGCACUCUCCGGUGACAAGUACGUGAACUUCGCGCUGAACAUGACAAUGGAGAUGGUGGCCUCAUUCCUGAUAAUGAUGUCCCUGGAGCGCGUGGGUCGCAAGCGCACCGUGCUCGUCGCCUUCCUGCUCUGCGGCGUCGCCUGCAUCACUCCGUUCUUUGUCACACACGGGGGCGCGGGUCUGGGGCUGUACUUCGCGGGCAAGCUGGCGGCGACUGCGGCGUUCAACUCUCUGUACGUGUUCACCACGGAGCUGUUCCCGACAGGAGUGCGGGCGCGCGCGCUCACUGCCGCCUCGCUGCUCGGCCGCGUCGGCUCCGUGCUCGCCCCGCAGACACCACUACUGAGCAAGCCGGUGCAGGCGCUGCUGUACGCGGCGUGCGCGCUCUCUGCAGCACUGGCGCUGCUGGCGGUGCCGGAGACACGCCGCGAGCCUCUGCCGCACUGACACACUGCUGGCACACCUCCUCCACUGCAUUGCAUUCUUCAUGAUCAACUACUCUUCACCGACUGUUAAGAACAAGUGUGGUCGAAGUCAGAGACUGUAGAGUUGAACGAAUGGAUAUAAACACACGUUUACCUAAUUUAUUUAUAGAUGCAUGAUGUUAUUAAUUGAAUGAAUGUUUAGUUGUAAGCUUUUUACUGAUUAAAAUAAUAG